AUGUUCAUUCCCGUCGGUACAGGAUCUCUCAUCUCUGCUCUUACUACUGGGAAGAUAGUAGACUUUAACUAUCGCCGAUAUGCCAAGAUUCAUAACUUUCCACUCAUCAAAAAUCGUCAAAUGGAUCUCACCAAUUUUCCAAUCGAGAAAGCGCGACUGGAAAUUGCACUCCCGUUGUUCUCUCUCGGUGCUUUGCAUAUAGUUGCUUACGGCGGCUGGGUUAUGGAUCAUCAUGUUAGUAUUGCUGGUCCAAUGAUACUAUUGUUUGUGAUAGGGUAUGCUCUGGUUGCAAGUUUUCAAGUUCUCAAUGUCUUGAUGGUGGAUAUCUAUCCUGGUAAACCAGCUACUGCCACAGCUGGAAAUAAUGCGGUACGAUGUGAACUGGGAGCGAUUGCGACUGCGGUUAUUGUCCCUAUAGUCAAUGCCAUCGGUGGAGUGGUCAUAUACGAUUCUGGCCCUUCUAUUCGUGAUCUACAGCCCGGUAUUGAUAAUAAUCAUGAGAUAUGGAAUAUUAUAGAGAAGGCAAAAGAAAGUUAA